AACAGCAGCAGGCGCAUCUGGGUAUUGAUCGAAGUAACCACCACUCAAGGAUAAAAUGCAAAAGCUACGCUCACUUCUCGUAGCCCUCCUACUGUGCUGCUGCCUCUCCGGGAGCCAGAGCAACCGGGUGUACGUCCACCCCUUCUAUCUCUUCGCUGCCGAGAACGUCAGCUGUGUGAGCCUGGACGCCGCCACGGCCAAGGCGCUGGAGACGCUCCCCGUGGCGACGCUUGACAUGGAAGUCCUGACGCCAGACAGCAGGGACCUAUCAAAGCUGGACACUCAGAAGCUGAACGUCACGGAGAGGACUGGGGUCCUGGCAGAGCUGCUGAACUCUCUAGGCCUGAGGAUGUACCAGGCUGCCAGCGCCAAGCAGCCGGGCGCCAACACCCUGCUCUCUCCAGUCAACACCUACGGGUCCCUCGCCACCUUCUACCUGGGAGCUUCCACCAAAACAGCGAGCUUAUUCCAGGAAUUACUAGGCCUUAGUCGAGGCACCAUUGAAAAGAACUGUGUGUCUUUGGUGGACGGACACAAGGUUCUUCAGACCCUACAAAGCAUCAACUCUUUGGUGGAUGAUGGACCCAAGGAUGAAAUCGUCACCCAGGUCUGGGCCUUCACCCCUCAGGACGCUCAGCUGUCUGACGACUUUAUCCAAGGCACACAGGACUUCUCCGACACGUCCUUCGUCCGAGGCGUGGACUUCUCCAGAACACUGGAGGCCGAGCAGCUGCUGAACAGCUUUCUGGAGAGAACAUCUGGAGAGAAGGUGAAGGAUCUCUUCAAAGAUCUGAAUUCCAGCAGCAACCUGCUCUUCGUCUCCUUCUUCCACUUCCAAGGCAACUGGAAGACAGCCUUCCAGCCUGAUAAGACUUCCAUGGAGGAGUUUCAUGUGGAUGAUACAACCACAGUGACAGCUCCACUGAUGACCCACACGGGUCAGUUCUACUACCUGAAUGACAAGAGGCGGCGGUGCACCAUCGUGAAGCUGCCUCUGAGCAAGCGAUCUUACAUGUUGCUGGUGCUGCCUCACGAAGGAACCACCCUCCAUGAUGUCGAGUCCAAGUUGCAGACCAGCGUCAUGUCUGACUGGCACCAAAACCUCCAGGAAGGACUGUUGGAGCUGUCACUCCCAAAGUUCUCCAUGUCUGCUGAAAUCGAUCUGCAUGAGCUGCUGACCUACAUGGACCCAAAGAUUGAGGCCGCACUGCUGGGCUCACAGGCUGAGUUCAGCCGACUCAGUACCGCCAGUCCCUUCACUGUGGAUAAGGUUGUCAACAAGGUGCUGUUUGAAAUGUCAGAGGAAGGAGCAGAACCACAGGACGUGAGGCAAGAAGCAGGCAUCCCUCUGAGAAUGCCCUUCAACAAACCCUUCUUCUACGCUGUGAUAGAAGGACACUCUAACUCCAUCCUCAUUCUGGGCAAAAUCACCAACCCCACUCUCUGAGGAGUCGCGGUGCUCAGAACGACGUGCCUCGUCGCCACGGCUUUCCUCUCUGCAGGAGAUGAAAUCAGUCACCCAGGCGCAUAUACUGUGUCUCAUUUAGAUCCCAGCCGUGUUUAGAGGAGAAAUGCAGCACUGCCUCCCUCCAUUGGCCGAGGCCAACAUUCACCAGUGUUAUUA